UUUGUCCAUUUUCAACCCAACUUGGGUUGUUUUUUAACCCUGCAUUUUUACAGUGCACAGCUUACACAGUUAAAUAAAAUUGCUUUUUAAACAUUUAAUGAAUUUUGUAGAAUACAUACUAAUAAAUACUUGAGUUUUUUUUUUUCUUCCGCAAAUGAAAUAGUCCCUCUACAGCCAAAGCAUCAGGCCUUGAGUGCUGAAAGCCUGUAAUAAACACUGAACAUCAGGAAUAAACUGUAUCAUAGUGAACUGACAAGAGUUUACCCUCUUUUUUAAUCACUCCUUUUAAGGGUUGUUCAGUUCCAGCUCACCAGUCAUUGGUCGCCAUUCAAGUGAUUCAAGCAUUCCCAUCCCAGCAUCGUUGGGUUCCUGAUUAUGAAUGAUUAUAAACCCAGAUUCUGUCAAAUCUUACCCAACAGUCUCAGUCCAGAGUUUGCACUCUAAAAAUGUUAGAUUCUUUGGUCACACUUUAUAUUAGAGGCAAAACGACUUUGUUUUACUGUGAAAACGAGUUGUUAGUAAUUCCAGUCUCACUUGCUGUUACAGACCUACGUAACAAUGUUACAAAUUUGCAUAAUGCUAGCCUAUGGUCCUCAUUGGCUGCCAGUGAACAGCGUCUACUUUGCCCCGCCCUCAAACAUUGUAGUUGUAGCUGAGACUGGAAGAGUUUGGUUCAUGUUGUUCCUGUCGAGAAGAUGCUAUUUUUAGCGCUGCGAAUCCACUUUGAUGCACUUCCAAAGGAUGAGAUUGAUACGACACAUGCUGAAAGCAGUCAACCAAUCACAACAGACUGGGCCAUCUGACCAAUCAGAGCAGAGUAGCUCUCGGAAAGGAGGGGUUUAGAGAAAUUGAAUCUUCAAAUGAACCGUUUUCCGACUCUGAGGUGAUGUGCAAUGUAUAUUAUUGUUGAAAAAAAUAAAGUUUUUUCACUUUGGAUGCAUGUAAACCUAUUGUAGGAGACUCUAAAACAAAAUUAAGAAUGAUUAAAAUAGCAUAAAAGGGGAAAAAUAAUAUACCAUAGAAGAGCUAGAUAAGUUAUCAGAAUGUAUAUGUACAGUAUGUUUCAUGCUUAACCCAUCCAUUAUUUUUAACCCCUUCUCUUAAAGCUUUAGCUUCACAAUAAGACAAAGGCAUAGCAGGAGUGUGUAAGCAGUGUGUGUGGCCAUAGAAGGACCUGACAGGGUAGGACAGGCAGGGCUAUAACUUCCCAGCAGGGAAGAGGGCCAUAAACACUACAUCAAGGCCUGGGACAACCAGUCAUCCAUCUCCUAGACAUCCAGAAACCCAUCCUGCUGAAGACAGCACUCUAUUGAGGUAGCACAGGACAGAAGGCUGGAACGAUGCCAGAUUCACCUGCUGAUGUCAAAACCCAGCCCAGGUCAACUCCGCCCACAAUGCCACCUCCACCCCCUGCUGUCAGCCAGGCAGCCAAUCGCAAUGCAUCAUUCACACCCACAACAAUGCUGAACGGGAGCAGUCACUCUCCCACAACGCUAAACGGAGCUCCCUCAACCCCCAACGGCUUCAGCAAUGGACCGGCCACCUCCUCUACAGCUUCCCUACCAACCCAGCAGCUCCCGCCUGCCUGUGGAGCCCGACAACUCUGUAAGCUUAAGCGUUUCCUUACCACACUACAGCAGUUUGGCAACGACAUCUCACCCGAGAUUGGAGAACGUGUACGCAGCCUGGUGCUGGGGCUAGUGAACUCAACUCUAACCAUUGAAGAGUUCCACUCCAAACUUCAGGAAGCCACAAACUUUCCCCUGCGUCCAUUUGUCAUUCCAUUUCUCAAGGCUAACUUGCCCCUCCUGCAGAGGGAGCUGCUUCACUGUGCUCGGAUGGCAAAGCAGACCCCAGCACAGUAUCUGGCCCAGCAUGAACAGCUGCUGCUGGAUGCCAACGCCAGCUCUCCACUGGACUCCUCCGAGAUCAUGCUGGAACUCAACGAACAUGGCAAGAGACGUACCCCGGACAGGACCAAAGAGAGCGCAGGGGACAGGGAUGGCUUGCACCCGGAACACCUGGCCAAACGUCCAUGCACAGUGAGCCCCAGUCAGCGCUUCAGCCCCAGCAGUGGCUUACCUGCACAUCCGCCCCCUAAUGGCCUACCAACGCACCCACCCAAUGGUCUGCCACAUCCUAACCCUCCUGCCCCGCAGCAUUACCGGUUGGAAGACAUGGCACUCGCCCACCACUACAGAGAUGCUUACAGACAUGCAGAGCACAGGGACGUCCGGGAUCGUCACCGGCAAUCAGCCGUGCAUGGAGCACGUCAAGAGGAAGUGAUUGAUCAUCGGCUGACAGACCGCGAGUGGGCUGAGGAAUGGAAGCACCUAGAUAACUUGCUGAACUGCAUCAUGGAUAUGGUGGAGAAGACGCGGCGUUCCCUCACUGUGCUGCGACGCUGCCAGGAGGCGGACCGCGAGGAAAUGAACCACUGGAUCCGUCGCUAUAGCGACGUGGAGGAUAUGAAAAAAGGUGGGAGCUCCGCCCAGCGGCCUCCUCCUCUUCCUCCCCACCACAACUCUUCCUCCUCCAACACUUCUAACAGCAGCGACACACAGCCGCUAGAAAUCCACAGAGAUUUCCUGCACCGGCCCCCUUCAGGCUACCUGCCCGAGGAGAUCUGGCGAAAGGCUGGUUCUACAAGUAUCCCGCUUUCGCCAGCAUUAAAGCAACUUCAGAACAAGCAGGAGGAGGCAGUAAAUGAAGUGAAGAGGCAGGCCAUGUCAGAGCUGCAGAAGGCGGUGUCGGAUGCUGAGAGGAAAGCUCACGAGAUGAUCUCUGCUGAGCGCUCCAAGAUGGAGAGAGCUCUGGCCGAGGCUAAGAGACAGGCCUCUGAGGACGCAUUGACUGUCAUUAACCAGCAGGAGGACUCCAGUGAAUCCGUGUCCCUCCCGCAGAGCUGUUGGAACUGUGGUCGCAAGGCUAGCGAGACAUGCAGCGGAUGCAACACCGCACGCUACUGUGGCUCCUUCUGCCAGCACAAGGACUGGGAGAAGCACCAUCACGUUUGCAGCCAGGGCCUGCCUGGGAGUAGCGGUGUGCCACUUGGGACACCAUCUACCACCUCCACCUCGUCCAGUGCACCCCCCACACAUUCGGAGAGCACCCCUCCAGGACCCCUUUCCCUGGCUGGGCAAACCAGCAGCAGUGGCAGUCCUAAGGAAGCGAGCUCCAGCAGUGUUUCUCGCUCAACUACUCCAGCAACACCCGCCCUGAUGGAUUCCUCGUCCCGCUGACUGAUGAACCCCAAAACCUAACCCCCGCCCAGCCACGUCUACUGCUGCUACAGCAUCCUUCAUCCAAAACAAGCUGAGGAACCUCCACCAUACUUACCCCUCCUCUGAACUACAGCAACCUGGCUUUCACAUCUAUGUUAAGCUCUUGUUUUCUCAAUCUCCAAAAAAACCCCAUCAAAGUUUAGAUUCUUUCACAAAAGGGUCUACUGUGCUAAACUCAACAUGAGCAGGGUCUAUAAUACUGGAUGCCACCAAGAAAGCCAGGGAAACACGUACAGUUACACAUGUUUUAGGCAUGGCCUCAGUAACCUACACCCUUUAAGUGAGGUGUGCUCUGUGAGAACUGGAGUCACACCAUACUUUGAACACGUCCUGACCCAGGUGGGACUACAUGUAUGUAGGUUGGACAGGCAGGUGCCACAAGAGCACAUUGCUGCUCAGAAAGCUUCCACCACAGAGCUACUUCCUCACAACAUGACACACUGCAUUUCAUUUUUUGGCUUUAAUUAAAACAAAAGAAAUGUCCAAAAAUCCAAAAGAAAUAAUAAUGAUGAUAAUAAAAAGAAGAAGAACCUGUUAACUACCUUGCUAGCGAGCCAAGAAAAUCUACACCAGACUCACCUCUCUGUACUGAUGUGAACCCAAAUGAAUUUUAAGUGAAAACAAAAAAGAACAUGAUCCAAACCUUUUUAUUACACUGCCAAAGUUACCAAGAAGCACUCAUCUUGUAACCAAACGCAAACAACUUCACCUCCUCAGCAGUAAAGCCAGCCCAGAGUUCCACAGGCUGUGGAGAGGUGGCAUGGUGACUAGACACUCAAACCUUCACUGUGCCCACCUUGACCUUGAGGAACGCAGACUUUAGCCCGGAUCCAUCUCUACGGCAAUGGAGGGUCGCACCUGGGAUGUUUAAAGCACGUCACCCAGUCCGCCGCAAAGAGAAAUGACAUGAAAACGAAAGAAAAGGCAAGGAUUAGUAAACGAAAAGAGACAAAAGGAAGGACGAACGGCAACGGAAUUGCCAAAAACCUCAAUGGAUUGUACACUAAGAACGAGCCUUUUCUUCUGAAACAUUUUCGUUUGGUUUUCCUAAUGCUGAGACAUUUCAUUUUGUUGUACGAUUUCACUCUCCCUCGUUUUCCAAAGCAUGACAAGACUGUAGAGUCUCACGAGACUGGCGUAGACUUGGUUCUCUUUUCUCUCGCUCUUUCUACCUCCCCCCAUCCUCUAUGUGUUUAUCCCUUUUGUCUCCUGACAGAAGCUCUAAGCAGAUAUCCAUGAAGGGAUCAAACGUUGCUUGUAGAUAUUACUUUGUUUCUGGAUGUCUCUGUCUUCAAUAUCUGCUUGUGUGCGUACUCAGAAUGAGGAACGCGAUUCUUUCUUUGUCUUCUUUUAGGUUUCAGCCGAACAUUGGACGGAAAAAGACACUCUAAUGGGGGAGAAGCUGUGUUGUACCUAUUGUUUGAUUUGUUGUAUCAAUAUUGAUGAUGAGAAUCCUCAUGUAGAAUAUUUUAUAUUGCUCGCAUUGUAAGACAGUGAGAGAACGGAGGUGCAAUAUGGAACGAGAAUUCAGCUACUGAAUGGAACCUCAGAAACGGCCCUUAGGGUACCUUAUAAUAUAAAUAUACAUAUAAAUAUAUCUAAAAUUACCACAGUAAAUUAAUGUGAAUGUACAUAGUAUUUAAAAAGAGGUCCAAAAAUGAGUUUGCCAAAUAACAGAAACCUUUAAAGUAUAAUGUCUAGAACUUAAUUUCUCUCCAUUUAAUCUUUUCUGUCUGACUGAUCAUUUUUACAACGUCUGUUGUAAUGGCGGAGGAGGAAGAGGUGUUCACAUCACUGCUCGUGUAGAGGACUCUGCUGACGGACGCGUAAAGUGAGGCGCUUUUGUAGCCAUAAGCGUGUCGACGCAAACGGCAUCGCUUCAAAGACACGCCAAACCACAAUAGACUGACCUAGCUUGCCCCGCUGAGAAGUUCCCAGACUGGGAUUUGGGAUAGAAUCUGUGUGAAACAUUGCCAUCCUUUGGGCCAAAGUGUCACUGCAGUGGUCCAAUGUGUAAUUUGCACACACAAACACACAUGCAUGCACAUACAAUCACAAAACCAAACCCUCGAUUGUCCAUGGUCCAAGUGUCUGACACCAGAAUCAAGCAAACACUAUUGAUGGUUCUCAACUGGUUUUGCUUAAGUACCCAGAUUUUACUUGCAGAUUUGACAACAGGACAACAUAAUACCAAACAUAAACCAUAUUUAUUGUAAUCUGGAAAACAACAAUAGAAGAUCAAGCUCUGCUGAUUACAACGUUCAUGUUCGUUAAAGGUAAAAAAUACUUGUGAGUUUCGCCACCAGCUUACACUUGCAGCCCUGUUUACAGCCUUUGUUUUGGUCAGUUCUGAAUUUCUGCCAGCUAAUUUAUAAUGCUCAUUACGUGGCGUACCUCUGAUACGGACCAAACUUGAAAGGCCUGUUUGUUGCUCAUUCUAUUUUGUUGUAGCUUUAAGCGUUGAUAGUUUAAUUUGUCACAUGGCAUAUUCGAUUCUUAACAGAUUUCUAAGGUAAUAUAUGAACUCAUCCUGAAAAUAUCAGCAACACAUGACCCCAAACCAGUGGGCUACUAAAACACCAGUCUGAUGAAGUAGGUGUCUCUCUCUCCCUCCAUUUUGAGGAGGAAUUUUAAUGAACCAUCCUCUCUUUGCCUACUAGCUACCUCCUGUAAACAAAUCCAAGACAUUUUGUGCUUGGAGAAUCAAACCACUAGCAGACAUGCAAAUCUAUCAUCCUGCCUGAGCUAACCAGGACAUUUCAGCAUAGAAAUCUGCGUCAGUAACUAUCCUCAGUUCUCAGUUACAUUCAAAUGUCUGUGCCAUUAAAUGGAUGUGUUAUUAUUCAGGUAGCUAGCUAUAAACGUUGACAGUUUAAACUAACUUGCACAGCAAGAUUCUCUUCAAACUGUUGCGCUACCAUGACUUUAGUUUACUUGACUGUAGAAAAAUAGCGCCCCUUGUGGCAAGUCUUACAAUUGUUGCAUCAUGAACUGCAUUCUGACACAUUUGGAUUGCGAAAUUGAGCUUGCCUAGCUGUACUUGCUUAGAAUGUUUUGAGCCCUGAACAUAAACAUAUCUCAUAAAUAUCCAAAAUGAUAAAAGCACAGACCAAAGCAUAACUGCACAUCCACAUUCGUUGUCGGCUGAAAAAGCAAACGGAACGUGGGUGACCGACUACACCCAUAAACCAAAGUGUACAAAAUGACCAUAUUGAAAGCACAAGAUGACAGUAAACACGUCAAGGGAAGAGAUCAGUACUACAAUUCCAAGCCGGGAAGUGCUUGUUCCUGGCAUCCAAAGCAUCAGAUAAGAUUACAAAUGCUUCUUACAUUGAAACCAACCUUGCUCAAAGACUUCAUUGUGGGAAUGCAUGAGUGUGAGUGAGAGAUACUUUCUAUUAAUGAUUUUGCUAAGGAACUUACUUGAAUCUCCAGAGCUUUAAAAUAACACCAUUUGCAAAGUUGUACUAGAGAGUUCCCAUAAACUCAUUUUAAGCUUUGCGUGUCUGCUAGUCCAGAACUCAUACAAGCAUAUGUUUGCAAUAUUUUUGGCCAUUCUGUUCCAAAACCAAAAUCGAACCAAAACAAGAGCAUGCAAAUGCAUCUUCCACUGUGUACUGUAAUUCUGCUGUCAUUCGGCAUAUGGAAGGGCCCUCGUUCUCAAAGCAAAUCUCUGGAUUCGGUCAGCAUUUGGCCUUGUCAGUGGACCCAAGUUGGGCAGCUGCUCCGUUCAAAGGUUGACAUCGGGAGAGAGAGAAACUACAUCCUACACAUUCAGCAAACAUACUCUUGAAGUAACAUGGAUGCUGAAGGUCAACUAUUCUGCAGUUACAGCUUAAACCAGCUUAAGCUGGUUUCAGAGAGGGUUUGUCAAGUAGUCUGGCUGGGAGACUAGCUAAACCAGCUUAAACCAGCUAAGACCAGCAAACCAUUGCACUUCACUAAUGUUUUAUUUUCUUGAUUUUUAAAUGACUAUAACAUCCACUAAGGCUAACAGCAAAAACAUUUUUAUCAGAGAACACGCAAGGCUGUAGUAGUAGAAACCUUACACUACUGUAGAUCCGAACAGAGGGGCAGGCAUAGAACAUGCACAUGAUAAAUGCCAUAACAGCAAGAUAUAUAUUUAUGUACUAACAACGGCUUGGGUUUGAUACAUUGAUAUACUGUAUUGUGCAAUACAUCAUUACAGGAGAAGGCAUUGUUUCAGUAGGAAAGGUUGGUGUGUUAAAAUGUUUUCUUGUUUUCUCUUUCAAGGUCCUGUUAUCAUUCUCUAGAUGAUGUGAACUGUGCCAGGAGAGUUUUAUUUAUUUCUUGCAUGCUCUUUUCCCCCCUUUUGCAAUUCCCUCACCCUCUCUUACUGUGCGCUUUGUUGGACAUGUGACGCUGUAAACAUUCUAAAUCAGGUUAUUGUCUGUGUUGAGAUACGUAUCUGUGUAAUUAAAAAAGACAGUGAAAAAUG